AUGUCUCCGCAGUCAAAUCCAGACAAGAUUACAAAUCUUGAUCAAGAUCUUAAAGCAUCAAGACUAGCAAAGUAUAACAAUACAGAGCUCAUAGAUGAAACAAAGCAAUGGCUCGCAACUAUUUUAAGAGGCAAAAUCGAUGAAUCCGAUCUAAUAUCAUCAGAUAUUGUAGAUUAUCUCAAAGAUGGAACGGCAUUAUGUGAAUUGAUCAAUUCAAUUUGGGGAGAAGGAUCAGUUAAAUAUAGAAACAGCACAAUUCCAUUCAUGCAAAUGGAAAAUAUAGAAAAAUUCUUGACCUUCAUCAAGCUUAAAGGUGUUCCCCAGGAUGAACUUUUCCAGACAGUUGAUUUAUAUCAAGAAAAGGAUCCAUAUCAGGUUCUUUUAACAUUACAGACAUUAUCUCAAUUUAUUCAUAAGACCAUGCCAGAACAAGGAUAUCCACUAAUAGGUCCAGCAAUUGCGAAGAGACAUGAACCACCAAAAGUGCCAAAGAAGCCAAAGUAUUUGAAAGGGGAGGGAUGGAGUACUGCCGAAUAUGGAUAUAUGGGUGGAAGUAAUCAGGCCACAGAGCACAUUAUAUUUGGUGCAAGAAGAAAUAUCGGAAACAGACCACAGGAUAUGCAGUAG